GCUGUUACCUCGGGUUCCAUCAGUCACUGACAAAUUCAAACUGCGUUAGUGCUAAUUGUGUUCAAGCAGUUAAUGCCUCAGAGUGUUUGAAUCUGAACCAACUAACCUGGAGAACUCAGAACUAGUAACAAGUACCCAAGUCCCUGUGGAGGAACUGAUGACAUAACACAGUUAUGCUCUGAAGCAGAUGUUCUCACAGGUUGUUACACUCAUUUGAACUAUUUGUGUUGUUGUUGCAGCUAGUUGCGUUUGCCAUUCCUUAAAACCAGAUAUUUUUAAAUAUAGAUUUUAGACCUAAAUUCAAUUGGAACAGAGGGAUCUACAUUUGUAUUCACUAGAGAGGAAAUACAAGCAAAACAAACCACCAACGGUAUGAAUAUUUGACUGUAAAAUCGAUACAGUGCUGCAGAAUAUCAAUACGUAGCCUGAAAUGAAAUAGCGUGAUAUAUCAAAUAUAUAUUGAAACAUAUAUUUGUAAGCCACAUGUCUAGUGUUGAGGAAACCGGGGAUUUGUUACGUCAAACUCACUAUAUAUGUACACAUUAGCUAUUAAUUGGCAUUGUGAAGUAUUUCGAAAAGAACCUUUAGGUUCGACAACAAGGUUGUUGAAAUUCACCAACGUUGAUGUUGUUGUUUGUUUGUAACAGCAGUGAUAAUCAAUGGCUAUAAAAAAGGGGUUGAAAACAGGCCGUCAAGGCACCGUGGCCCCUCUCAAACAAUAAUUUGUCUGUUCUCACCGUGUCAACUUGUGCAGCUAUUUGUCGAGAGCACUUGUUUUCAUUGCCCUUAGCACUUCCUCUGGACACAGUGAAUAGGGCGGGUAUAUGGUAAUGAUCCCUUUAUUGGAUCCCCUGUGAGAUUCUAAUCCUCUGAAUUGAUAGACAAAUGAAUAGCAUCCUCUCUGCGUCGCUCAUCUUGUGUCGAACAUAACUGAAGGGCCUCCACUCAGGCGGCAGCGCUCAUUGUUCCAAACUAUCAAACACCCAUUAGGCCCAGUGCCAGUUGUCCGUCAACUUUUGACACAACCCGCACCACAUCCUGUCAGGGUGUCGACGCUGAGUGACACCUUGAAAGACAGCGUCUCAUUCUGCUGCAUGAGUGCCUGUUUUUUUUUUGUUUUUUUUUGUAUUAUUGAUCUCUCAAUUGCACCGCUUUUAUGGGGAGGAGGGGGGCGCUACCUUUUCCUUAUUGUAUACUCACUUCCUCACUUUCUCAUUGCUCCUUUUGUCGUGGAUAAACAUUAGCCAUAUGGUGGCAAACAGGCACAACAAUACGCGCAGCACAACAGAGGCGAGGGAGGGAAGCGCUUGAAUUUGAAAAGGACGUAACUUUGUGAACAUGUCGCGAACGAGGCGUAGGAGGAGGGCCUUGGCUCGCUAGGCCUCUUGGUGUGACAUGGAAAGAAGGGUUAGCGUGUGUGUGUGCGGUGGUAGGUGGAUGGAGGGGGUUCGUUGUGGGGGUGUUAUUGGCAAUGUCAGGGUGUAGAGACGUACGAGGAUUUGGAAGAGUCAAGUGCCGCUGAAAGGGAAGUUGUUGGUGGUCUGCAGAGUUGCGGCAGCUGCCUCUGAAAACAAACGGAGGAAAUAAGAGAGACAGAGAGGUGUUUGGGGGUGAGGGGGUGGAGGUACAGGGGAGUCCAGUGGAAGGCACAUGGGCUCCUAACUCACAGUUUCCCACUUUUUUUGUUUCUGAACUUUAAUCUGUUGGGAGAAAGAGUUUGGGAGAGAGGGAGAGAGAAAACACUUGGCUGUGGCCCACGGGUGCUUCAGACCUCACCCCUAUUUUACUAGGGCCAGCUAAAGUAGAGGGUUCAACCCCCGCCACCCCCACCCACCCCGGACCCCGCAAUCCUUCCACCCCCAUCAUCGUCCCUCCUCUAUCCCCUUCGCUAACUUGCUCUGUAUUCAGCCAAGGUGCUGGAGUGACAACGAGCCAUUCAUUGUGGAGGUGGAGGGAAAAGACUGUGCAUCUCUCCUGUGUCUGUUUUGGUCGAGAGUUGGGAAAAAGCUGGGAGGUGGAGGACAGUAAACUGGGAGGAAGGGGAGUCAAGGAAGGAAGAUGCAGGAUGUACCUGUUAAUUAAACAGAACGAUGGGUUAGAAAGAUUUUUUUUUUAAAAAAAGGAGUAAGAGGAGGCAAAAAAGAGGGAGGGGGCGAGUAAAAAGUAACAGCGCAAUGGAGGGAGGCAGGGAUGGAGGGGAGUCAGAGCUGGAAUCUGAAGGAUGGGAGGGGGAGAGAGAGAGAGGGGCGAGUGAGGGAGGGGAGAGAGAGUGGGCUACCAUGCCGAAUGAGUAAGAGAGGCGGAGAGGAAGCAGAACUCCAUCAGAUGAAAUGAGGUGAAAGUAAUUCAGGCAUUAAUCAAGCCAGGGCAAAAGGGAGGGCAUACUGUGUGUUUCUGCCCCUUCCCCUCUCUCUCGCUGCGGAACUGAAAAGCAAGGUGUGAAUGAAGGAGCCCACAGUGGCCAGCAGAGAAGCACCACUGGGUCACAGCAUCAAAUCAUGUCUGAGUCCAACACCGCUGCCGCUUCAGCAGCAGACCAGAAUGGAGCGGUUCCAGGCGAACCAGUGAAGAGCGAUGAAAACUCCCGGAGAGGAAAUUGGGGAAACCAGAUUGAGUUUGUCCUCACCAGUGUGGGCUACGCCGUGGGUCUGGGCAACGUCUGGAGGUUUCCCUACCUCUGUUACAGAAAUGGAGGCGGUGCCUUCAUGUUUCCCUACUUCAUCAUGUUGGUCUUCUGUGGGAUUCCUCUCUUCUUCCUGGAGCUGUCCUUUGGUCAGUUUGCCAGCCAGGGAUGUUUGGGAGUCUGGAAGAUUAGCCCUAUGUUCAAAGGUGUUGGUUAUGGCAUGAUGGUGGUGUCCACCUACAUUGGCAUCUACUACAACGUGGUCAUCUGUCUGGCCUUCUACUACUUCUUCAUGUCCAUGACCAACCUGUUGCCUUGGACCUAUUGCAACAACCCCUGGAACACGCCGGACUGCAGCGGCGUGGUGAGCAGCGGGCACUACCUCAACAACAGCCUGGCGAACAGCACCAGUAGCCUGAUGUCUGGGGUGUCGGAGGUGGUGAACCGCACCAAGAGGACCAGCCCCAGUGAAGAGUACUGGAAACAUUACGUACUGGACAUCUCUGAUGAUAUUGGAAACUUUGGGGAGGUCCGUCUUCCCAUCCUGGGCUGCUUGGCCGUGGCCUGGUUGGUUGUUUUCCUCUGUCUCAUCAGGGGAGUCAAGUCAUCCGGAAAGGUGGUGUACUUCACGGCCACAUUCCCUUAUUUGGUCCUGACCAUCCUGUUCAUCCGUGGCAUCACACUAGACGGUGCCAUCAACGGCAUCAAGUACUAUCUGACUCCACAGUGGCACAAAGUUCUGGAUGCAAAGGUGUGGGGAGACGCUGCCUCACAGAUCUUUUACUCUCUGGGCUGUGCCUGGGGUGGGCUCAUUACUAUGGCUUCCUACAACAAGUUCCACAACAACUGCUUCAGAGACAGCAUCAUCAUCAGUAUAACCAACUGUGCGACCAGUGUUUACGCCGGCUUUGUUAUUUUCUCCAUCCUGGGCUUCAUGGCCAACCACCUGAACGUCCCCGUGUCAGAGGUGGCUGACCACGGUCCAGGGUUGGCCUUUGUGGCUUACCCAGAAGCCCUCACUCUGCUCCCUAUCUCGCCGCUGUGGUCGCUGCUCUUCUUCUUCAUGCUCAUCCUUCUAGGACUGGGAACUCAGUUCUGUCUUCUGGAGACAUUGGUGACGGCCAUUGUCGAUGAGAUCGGCACAGACUGGAUCAUGAAACACAAGACUGUCGUGACUCUGUCUGUGGCCAUCGUUGGAUUCCUUCUGGGAGUCCCCCUGACCACACAGGCAGGAAUUUAUUGGCUCCUCCUCAUGGACAACUACGCCGCCAGCUUCUCCCUAGUCAUCAUCUCCUGCAUCAUGUGUGUCUGCGUCAUGUAUAUUUAUGGUCACGUAAACUACUUCAAGGAUGUUGAGAUGAUGCUGGGCUUCCCUCCUCCUCUCUUCUUCAAAGUCUGCUGGAGAUUCAUCUCCCCUGUCAUCAUAUUUUGCAUCCUGGUCUUCACUGUGAUCCAGUACAAGCCCAUCACCUACAAUGACUACGUGUACCCUGGCUGGUCCCUGGCCGUUGGGUUUUGCAUGGCUCUGUCAUCCGUGAUCUGCAUACCCAUCUACGCCCUGUACAAGAUCUCCAGGUCACCAGGAGCCACCUUCAGAGAGCGCUUGAAGAACGCCUGUCGAUGUGAUCCAAAGUGGGGACCCGCCCUGCGGGAGCACAGGACAGGCCGCUACGCCCCCAUGGCCUGUGAAGAGGUGGUGGAGUCUCGUCCCCUCAAGGAGAAGGAGGAUCUGAAAGAGGAGGAGAAGGGGAGAAGAGAUGAAAUCAACCUGACCACCCACGGAAGCAACGGUUCCACCAACACACACAACAACCCCAGUGCAUAGACCACACUCACCCACUCUGUCUCCACCAUCUCCUCCUCUCCCUUCUUCUCCGUCCUCACCCCACUUUCCUGCAGUCCUCUGUGGGGGAGAUCCCAUUCACUGGAGACCUUUACAUAUUGUAAGGGCUUAUUAUAUGGACCCUAACCUCUGCUCUCUGUCUGUGUCGUCUCUGUAGAAAAACAAAAACACAAUUAAAGGAAGAAAAACAAAAUGUAGUUCAUCGUCCAAAUGAUUAGGUGUGUUUGCUCGUGUGGAGUCAGAAACCAUGAGUGAGUUCUUCAUUUGUUGUUUUUUUUUCCAAACAUAAUUUAAUAAUGCAGUUUUAAUUGUUGUGUCAAACUGGUGUGUGUGUGUGUGUGUGGCCUGCAUAUAGAGUUGGAGGUCUGUGGACUGUGAAGCUGCAUGCGUUUGUUUUGGUGCAUGUGGCCAUGUUAGAGACACACACUGUUCUUGGUUCUGUUAGUCAGGUCUGUUUGGGAUUUGGUGACACUGGAGUGGCAGUGACUUAACGGCUGUUGUGAGACAUGUAGUGGUGCUGUAAUAUAAAGGAGAAAGAAGGAGUAAGAGGAAGGAGGAGAGAGUGAGGUGUUCCCAGACUGACCUCUGAGGUGACACAAUAACCCCAGGGUCAGGAAGGGAGGCAGAUAAUGUGGUUCACCCCCGUACACUCACACUUUUGUACAUUCUACAGCACACAGUGACCUCAACCGUAGUUGAACUCAGCCUCAGACUAAGCCUGCUGUUUUCUUCUGCUGCUUUCGUCCUUUAAAAAACAUAAACAUGUUCUACAAAGCACAAACAUUUUACAACCAGGAAGGCGAAUGACAAGUAGGGCUGUUUGUCUGUGAAAACAAAAAAAACAACCAUUUUUACAUUUUUUACGUUUUAACUUUUCUUCACUAAAGAGGCGUCCGUGAACUUUAACUGUACUGUAACUCUCUGGCUGACGUAUAUAUUCACAUAAUAUAUGUGAAUAUUUUCUUUGACUGAAGGGAUCCCAUCGUCAUUUCUCAGGGUCCAGCAAACUAAAAUAGUUUUUUCGUCGAACUUCCUCAUCGUCUUAUAAUUGGGAGUGAAAAUGAACACACGUGCUAUCGACAUACAGUCAUUAAUAAAAAGCACAUGGAUGCAACUCUAAAUAUAGAAGUGCCAUCUCACCUUAAGUCUUCCAGGCAUUCCUUUUUUUGAGUGAAAUGCAUCAUGGGACAUAGUCUGUCCACAGAUGUUUUGGCCUAAGAGAGGCAUUAGCUAUUACUGUGAACAUUACUUGCACAAGGGACUGAUCUGGUGUCAGUCUUUUGUAACAUUGAAUCUAUUCAUGCUUGUUUUGUUACUCUGAGUGGAGCUCAUAGACAGUAUAUAGGAAAUGGACACAGUAACAGGACCACAGUCUGAGGCACAUCUGCUGUCAGCUAGGCCUAUGUUUUUCAUUCAAAAUAGAAUCUAACAAAUUGAAAGUGUAAGAAAACUUUAUUCACUGAGCUGCAGGCAGCACUGACUGAGCCUGAACGCCACUCAGCCAUAGAAACACAUGAUUAAUGUCUGGAGUUUCCUGACGCUAACAAAACUACUCAAGAUCAAAGCAAUCUGCUCACUCAGCACUUCUCAUAGACUGCGCCCACUCUGGUUGAAUGGAGUACUACAACAGUACUGCAGUAGUUCUGUUGUACUUUUAUUCACUGGCCCUGUGGUUUUUUUUAUUUUUAUUUCACAGGUUUUUAAGGCUGCACUCAUUAAAGUUCUCCUGUAGAGGGCGUGUCAACUGUAAUGCAUGAGGGAGAAAUGGAAAUAAUUGGAAUUUAAAUUAUGAAACUGCUGGGUUUUUGUUUUUAAUUGUGGAGUAAUACCCAGACUAGAAAAUAUAAUAUUUUAUUUUAUUUUAGCAAAUUUCCCUGAGUAUAUGUUCAAAUUUUGGUAUAUAAAUGACUUAAAUAUGUUGUUAUUGUCAGCAUAUAGGGCUGACUCGCCCCCUAGUGGUUCUUGAACAUGACUUCUUUGGUCUAGGUGACAAUGUCCAUUUCUUAUAUAAAAUCUAUGACGGAGGUGAGUUGUGAAGGAAGAAAAGAUAAGAGCAGAGAGAGGGAUAUAUAAACUGAUUAUAAGAGAAUGACUUAGUUUUAAAUGUAGGCGUAUAGAAACAAUCCCUCCAUAGAAUUCUCCCCUUUACUCUCAUUAUUGUAAAGUAGCUUAGUAAAUAAACACAUUAGUCCAUAAAGACAUAUUAGUAAAUAUACACAUAUGCUCUGUUGGUGAGAAACUACUUCUUUCAAUUGUGUAUUCUUACCAAGUGAAAUGGCAAAUAAAGAUCUUAUAUGUUUAUUUUGUACAAAAACGUAACAAAAACCCCCUUCAGACUCAUGACUAACCAUGUUUACCAUUCCUCACCUGUGUUGGAGGCAGCGUUGUUGUUGGGAUGUAGAGAUGAUGCAGAGGAUUCAGGACAGUAGUGCAGAGCCGUGACUUUAUUCUGCUCGAUGGAAGACAUUUUAUCUCGUCACAGCAGCUGGGCAGCAAGUUCUCCAGCGCCACAGGGUGGUUAGACAUCAGCCUGUGUGGAAGCACAGCAUGUGUAGGGAUGAGUGUCAGUGUUACAGUAUGACUCCAUCAGUGCAUGGUUUUUAUACAACAACAAAAAAAAACAUUUUCAGGUUGGUUUAAACAUAUCAUAUAAACAUAAAUGUAUUAAAAGUUUAAGCACAUCAGCCAAACAACAGUAAUGGAAUAAAAGUAGUGAUAAAGUAAAUAUUAACUUAGCAGUGAAUCCUGCUUGUACUGUGGCUAAUGUUUUAGCACAGCAUCACAAACACAAAGCACAGUCAUUCGUUCAAAUUGAAGCACAAACUGUAACCGAGGCGCGUUCUCCAGCUGCUGUUUCUGUUUAUAUACUGUGUUUAUAUAUAUAUACAUAUACAUAUAAAUAUCAUCUACCAUGCUACCGUCCCUCUGUGAGACCCUGACCCUCUCCAUCUCUGCAGACCCCUGCCACGCUUCCUCCCUUUGUACAGUAAUGUAAAAAACUUUAAUCAGACUGUGUGUGUAUGUGUGCGCGCGCGCCUGUGUGUGUAUUGUUUUGAUUUGUGGAGUGGGGGCAACUGUGUGUUUGAGUACAGGAGGACGGGCUUUUUCAUUUUAUUUUUGAAUUGUAAUUUUUUUCCCCCUCUGGCAUUGUAACAUAGUAGUCGAUGACAGUGUACUGUGUACUCUCUGUGUAGUGGAUUAGCGCUAACUGCUGAGCCUGUGUGUAGUCACUUUAAAUGUCAGUGUACCUCUAAUCUAUCAGAACUAGCCUACUCUGCUAACCAUAGUCUGUCUUUUAAGAAAAAAAGUUUUUUGUACUAAAAGAGAAAGGAAAAAUGAUUUUAAUUAUCUUUGCUCACAGUAUGGUACUGUUUGGUUUUGUUUUGGACCUUGUGUUCUUAGUAAGCAUUGGGACGAAGCCAGAUGAUAAUGAAAUCAUUGCCAAACACAAUAAAAAGAAAACAUUGGGACUGAAACUGGAACUACAAGAGAACAAGUCAUUUCUAGUCUGAGCUCUGUAUCGACAACACAUUUACAUCAGUAUUCAUGGCUGUAAAUACAUGUUGAAAAAUACUUAGUUUGCAUGGAAAGAAGUACAUAAAAUAAACUCAAAACUGAAAUCACUCCCACAGUUUACAUAUACAUAUAUAUAUAUAUUAAAUGGAUGUUGUUUCUUAGAAGCACUCUGUCAUGGCUAAAGGGAAGCUCCAGAAAACACCUGGAUGUUCCUUCUGUUAGCUUCACAAGUUGUUACAUAAACCAGAAAGCUAAUGGAAAAAAGGAGAGAUUUACAUUUACGUCUCCGGAAACAUUUUCCUUGAGUGUGUUAUAGGUGUUGAACAUCCUGACCAAAAAAACCUGAUUACGAUAAACUUCUUCAAACACAGUUUGCUAACUUGUUAGAAAUUUAGUAACAAAGACGGCUGAACGGCAUUUCCUUAAUUAAUGCUAAUUUUGCCUAGUAACAGGAAGCCUCUGAUGUCGAAGUACAUUAAAUACAUAUAGGUCUGGAGCACUCUGAGCGGUGUAUAUAAGAUUAUUACAAAGUACAAGACCUUCUACGGCUCCCCACAAACUACAGAAUUCUCUCCUCAAUCUCAAACCUCACAGUACUGUCGAUAUAAUCCAGAAUAUACAUUGUGUACUUUCAAAUAAAUGAUUCAUCUAUUCAUUGUCAAAGUUUUUAGAGUUCUGGUGAAAAUGUCCGAGCAUCAGUGGACAAACAUUGCUGUGUUGUUGCUUUGCCUUUGUGGAAUGUUCUAUGGGACAAGUAGAGAUGACAGAGGACAGAUCUUCUGGUACCUUCUAUCAUCUCUCUCUCUCUCUCUCUCUCUCUCUAUCUAUCUAUCUAACCAGUCUGUUCUUCCAACAGUAGAACUCGCCAAACUCCAUGGAAAUGUCUUAGUCCUGUCAGCUGUGUAUCGUAAAACUGUUGAAUUACAAAAAUGGUAAAUAAAUAAAAUCUAUUUUAAA